AUGGCUCGUGGGCCUAUUUUGGCUUUGAUGGUUUGCCUUAUGGCAACAAUGGUAAGGUCUGAAGAUCCUUAUGUUUACUACACAUGGAAUGUUACAUAUGGUACCAUUUCUCCUUUGGGGACUCCUCAACAAGGAAUCCUCAUCAAUGGUCUUUUUCCCGGACCUGAAAUUAACGGUACCAGCAACAACAACAUUGUAGUUAACGUUUUCAACAAUUUAGAUGAGCCACUCCUUUUCACAUGGAGUGGUAUUCAACAAAGGAAAAAUUCUUGGGUUGAUGGGACAUUGGGUACUCAAUGCCCCAUUGCUCCGGGAACAAACUAUACAUAUAAAUUCCAAGUUAAGGAUCAAAUUGGUAGUUACUUUUACUACCCUACCACCGGUCUCCAAAGAGCCGCGGGUGGUAUUGGUGGAAUCAGAGUUUUCAGCCGGUUGUUGAUUCCUGUCCCAUAUGCUGAUCCUGCUGACGAAUACUGGGUCCUUAUCGGUGAUUGGUAUGGUAAAAGCCACACCACUUUGAGGAAAUUCCUUGACAGUGGUAGAUCCAUUGGAAGACCUGAUGGUAUACAAAUUAUGGGAAAAUCCAACAGUGCCGAACCACUAUACACUAUGGAGCCAGGAAAAACCUAUAAAUACAGAAUCUGCAACGUCGGUCUCAAAGAUUCUCUUAACUUCAGAAUCCAAGGUCACUCAAUGAAACUCGUUGAAAUGGAAGGCUCUCACCUCGUACAAAACAACUACGAUUCCCUCGACGUUCAUGUAGGACAGUGUUAUACCGUCCUAGUAACCGCCGAUAAGGAACCAAAGCAUUACCACUUGGUGGCUUCCAGUCGUUUCACCAAGAAGGUUUUAACAGCUACCGCAGUUAUCCGUUACUCUAACGGUGUGGGCCCUGCCUCUCCCAUUCUCCCACCUGCUCCGGUGGGCUGGGCUUGGUCUUUGAACCAGCUUCGCUCUUUCCGUUGGAACUUAACCGCUAGUGCUGCCAGGCCCAACCCACAGGGCUCUUACCAUUACGGCCAGAUCAACAUCACCCGUACCAUCAAAUUUGUUAACAGUUGUUCCAGGGUUAACGGAAAGCUCCGUUAUGGUAUUAACGGAGUUUCUCACGUCGACUCUGAAACCCCACUAAAGCUUGCUGAAUACUACGGUGUUGCUGAUAAGGUUUUCAAAUACAACAUCAUCUCUGAUAACCCCCCUGCCGUCAUCAAUGAUCUGACCUUGGCUCCCAACGUGCUCAACGCCACCUUCCGUACCUUCAUCGAGAUCAUCCUCGAGAAUCCCACCAAGACUGUUCAGUCUUACAACUUGGAUGGUUACUCAUUCUUCCUGGUGGCUGUUGAGCCAGGGAGAUGGACACCGGAAAAGAGAAGCAGCUACAACCUUUUGGAUGCAGUGAGUAGACACACAGUGCAAGUGUUCCCCAAGUCAUGGGCUGCAAUCAUGUUGACAUUCGACAAUGCUGGUAUGUGGAACUUGAGAUCAGAACAAGCUGAGAACAAUUACCUUGGUCAACAAUUGUAUGUUAGUGUGUUGUCUCCUGAAUUCUCCAACAGGGAUGAGUACAACCUUCCAGAUACUCAGCUUGUUUGCGGCAUUGUCAAGGAUUUACCAAGGCCUGCACUAAAGUACAAUUAA